UUUAAAUUGACGCACAAGGGUUAAAGAAAUCUAAUGUGUUUCACACUCUUUAUCAUACUAGGCCAUUAAGUAAGGCCACACAUAAAUAUAAAAAGAUAUAACAUAUAAACGUUUUAUCAUUUUAAACUUGCACACCAUAAAUGAGAGAGUGAGAUAUAGGACUUUUAUCUUAAAAAAUGAAUUUCCGUUUACUGUCAGGAAAUUCCUCUAGAAAAUAAAAAAAAUAAAAGUGGACGGAGUCCCGCAAAGCCACUGGUUGCCCUCAUAUUAUCUUAUUGUCACUCGACGACUUAAAAUUCACUCUGGACCGAUUUAAUGGACAAAUAAGGGGUACCAGUGCACGCCUAGAUACCACAGGAAUGGAUAUCACAAGUCGCUGCACCCUGGGUGACCCCAACAAGCUCCCAGAGGGAGUGCCCCAGCCUGCCAGGAUGCCCUACAUCUCGGACAAGCACCCUCGGCAGACCCUGGAGGUCAUCAACCUCCUCCGCAAGCACCGGGAGCUGUGCGAUGUGGUUUUGGUGGUGGGAGCCAAGAAGAUUUAUGCCCACCGAGUGAUCCUGUCUGCCUGCAGCCCCUAUUUCAGAGCCAUGUUCACAGGGGAACUGGCCGAAAGCAGGCAGACGGAAGUCAUCAUCCGGGAUAUCGAUGAGCGCGCCAUGGAGUUGCUCAUUGACUUUGCGUACACAUCACAGGUGACUGUGGAGGAGGGAAAUGUGCAGACUUUGCUGCCCGCUGCUUGCCUGUUGCAGCUGGCAGAGAUUCAGGAGGCCUGCUGUGAAUUCCUCAAGCGGCAGCUGGACCCCUCCAACUGUCUGGGCAUCAGGGCCUUUGCCGACACUCACUCCUGCAGAGAGCUGCUGCGCAUAGCUGAUAAGUUCACUCAGCAUAACUUUCAGGAGGUAAUGGAGAGUGAAGAGUUCAUGCUGCUGCCAGCCAAUCAGCUCAUCGACAUCAUCUCCAGUGAUGAGCUCAAUGUUCGGAGUGAGGAGCAGGUGUUUAAUGCUGUAAUGGCCUGGGUUAAAUACAGCAUUCAGGAACGAAGGCCUCAGCUUCCACAGGUUUUGCAGCAUGUGCGUCUUCCCCUUUUGAGCCCAAAGUUCUUAGUUGGGACGGUGGGCUCAGAUCCUUUGAUCAAGAGUGAUGAGGAGUGCAGGGACUUGGUGGAUGAAGCAAAGAACUAUCUCCUGCUACCCCAAGAGCGGCCUCUCAUGCAAGGACCUCGAACCCGUCCCAGAAAACCCAUUCGUUGUGGAGAGGUGCUAUUCGCUGUGGGAGGUUGGUGUAGUGGCGAUGCCAUCUCCAGUGUUGAGCGUUAUGACCCUCAGACCAAUGAGUGGAGGAUGGUGGCAUCCAUGAGCAAACGGCGGUGUGGAGUUGGUGUUAGUGUUCUGGAUGAUCUUUUGUAUGCUGUUGGCGGACAUGACGGCUCGUCUUAUCUUAAUAGUGUGGAGAGGUAUGAUCCUAAGACUAACCAGUGGAGCAGUGAUGUUGCUCCUACUAGCACCUGCCGGACCAGUGUGGGUGUUGCUGUCCUAGGGGGUUACCUGUAUGCGGUGGGAGGUCAGGAUGGUGUCUCCUGUCUCAACAUUGUAGAAAGGUAUGAUCCAAAAGAGAAUAAGUGGACUCGAGUUGCCUCUAUGAGCACUAGACGGUUGGGUGUGGCUGUAGCUGUAUUAGGUGGUUUUCUUUAUGCAGUAGGAGGUUCAGAUGGCACCUCUCCUCUAAAUACAGUAGAACGGUAUAACCCUCAAGAGAACCGCUGGCAUACGGUGGCACCCAUGGGUACCCGACGGAAACACCUGGGCUGUGCUGUGUACCAGGACAUGAUCUACUCUGUGGGUGGCAGAGACGAUACUACAGAACUGAGUAGCGCUGAGCGAUAUAAUCCCAGAACCAAUCAGUGGUCCCCGGUGGUUGCGAUGACAUCCAGAAGAAGCGGGGUUGGUUUAGCUGUAGUAAAUGGCCAGUUGAUGGCAGUAGGAGGAUUUGAUGGUACUACAUAUCUGAAAACUAUAGAAGUCUAUGAUCCUGAUGCCAACACGUGGAGGCUGUAUGGUGGAAUGAACUAUAGGCGAUUGGGAGGUGGAGUUGGUGUAAUAAAAAUGACUCACUGUGAAUCGCAUAUAUGGUAACACCUUCAGCAUCCCUCCCACAGAUGCCUCACCAUAGCUUGUGCCUCAUAAAGACAUUGUGCAUCAUGCAAGAGAAAAGCCUGUUUUAAGACUGAAUUCUGUCUCUAGUUACUGAGAUGGCAAAGCCAAGGAACACCAUCUCCUGUAGCUGCUUUGAGGAGACUCCCCUGUAUGGACAGACAUUGCCAUAACUCCAUUUUGUUUAUUUAGUUUUUCUUUCAUACUUGAGCAUAGCCACAGGCAACUUCUUAUUGGACAGAGAAACAAUAGUCGGGAAAAGCAUCAACCCUCACCACAAAUGUUUUUAUUUUUCUUACAAGGCCACGUGGAGGCCAUACUGAGCAUUUGUUUUUCUGGAAGGAACUAGGCUUCUGCUGGUCUGUUUGACAGCAUUGAAGAAUGACUACAGUAAUCUGAAACGCAUUACUAGUGUGGUGUGAAUGCCUCUUGUUUUAUGAACUCAUCGAUGUUUUGCUUUAUGUAUUAGAUGCACUGUGAUAUCUCUACCAUUUCUUUUUCUUUAAAGGGAUCACCCCAUAAUUAAAAUUCUGUCAUCAUGUUGUUCCAAGUCUGUGACAUUUAUGGAACACAAAAAGAGAUGUUAGCCUCACCAUUCACAGUCAUUUUAUUGAAAAAGGUGUAAUGACAGUGAAUGUUGACUGAGGCUAACAUUCUUCCUAAUAUAUCUUUUUGUGUUCCACAGAAGUCACGGGUUAGGAACAUGAUGGUGAGGAAAUUAUGUCAGAGUUCUCAUUUUUGGAUGAACUAUUCCUUUUAUUUAUUUUUAGUUUUUACACUACUUAUUAUCUGUUCCUCUGCAUUCUUACCAGAUGUAAGGGGAUUAGUUGAUCCAAUAUUUUUUUUCUUUCCUUGGUGUACUGAAAAUGCAUUUCCCUUUGCAAUGUAAUGAAGGCUGUGCAGAAGUAAAAAAGUAAUUUUUUUGAAGCAGUCCAAAACAGGUUUGAUGUAUUAUCAGUUUGUUUACUUUUCUAUAACAGAAUGCAUCAAUGAAUCAAGUCCAUGCACUUUAAACCACUGAGUUUUUCUAUUAAAGUUUGUAUUUUUUUUUCUUCAAGAAAACAAUUGUUUGAUAUAUUGUCUUAUUCAUUUUUAUUAUUACUAUUAUCAUUGAAGAGCCAUGGUAAAGAAAGAAAAAAUACAAGUUAAUUGUUUUUUUUUUUUUUACAUUCAAGAAAGAAAAAAAGGUAUCAAAUAGUGGCCUGCACAUAUGGUAAGAUACUAAAUGUUGAGCUUGUUGCUGAAAAUGACAUGAAACUGCCCUAAUUGUCAACUGAACACCAUUAUUUUCUCACAGAACAGUUAUGAGCUGUAAUCUUGGUGUUAGAAUAUGGUUACAUAUAUCUUUCAUAAACUUAUUUAAUUUUAAAGAUGUUCACCAACUGUCUGUACAUUUCAAAAAUUUGAAAUAAAACAUGAAAAUAAUACAAA